UUAUCGUGCAGUGAAAUGGAGGGAAAAUUUGGCGCCAUUAUCGAGAUGCUCUCUAGUCUUCCUCUAUUUAAAGCCGUUUCACCUUCUUCUAACCCCACACAGACCUGCGUCAAUUUCAGGUUCAAUUCUCAUUUCUCCCGAACCCUAACAAUGGCGCAGAACUGCCCCUCAGAAGACAAUGUAUCGUUGCGGUCGCCCAAGGUACCAAAGCUUGCUCAUGAGAGCGGUGAGUCUGAAAGAUUUAGCUAUUCAUCGACGCUUCUCAGAGUAAAGAAACUGUCCGAUAAUGCCGUGUUGCCAUCGCGAGCCUCCGCUCUCUCCGCUGGUUACGAUCUCUCCAGUGCAAAAGAUACGAUUAUCCCUUCUCGAGGAAGAGGCUUGGUUCCGACUGAUUUGAGCAUCGCGAUUCCGGACGGAACUUACGCUCGAAUUGCACCGCGUUCGGGUUUGGCUUUGAAGCAUGCGAUCGAUGUUGGUGCGGGUGUGAUAGAUGCUGAUUACAGAGGCCCCCUGGGAGUAAUAUUGUUCAAUCACUCUGAUGCGGAUUUCGAGGUGAAAAUGGGCGACAGAAUCGCUCAACUGAUUCUUGAGAAAAUUGUGACGCCUGAGGUGCUCGAGGUCGAGGAUUUGGAUUCCACUCUCCGAGGUGAAUCUGGCUUCGGCUCUACAGGUGUUUGAGAAAUCUCUAACUGCUUAGAAAUGGCGGACUUGCAGUUCUUUUUCCCAUUUUGCAUCGUUUAUCGUUGAAUACAUGAUCAUCAGACAACGAAAAAGAACUUUCUUCUGUAUCUUGCUACUUCAAUAAACGAAUUACCAAAUUUACAUCUAUUUGCAACUACUAGAUGAGAUGCCUGCU